AUGUCGAGUACAUCGAAAGCUGCCACGACCAAAACUGCCAGAGUGAAGAAAGCCUUCUCCUUGGCUGGCCAGAAAUAUGAUCCCCCUGAAGAGAGAGAGCCUGUUAGGAUAUUCUACGAGUCGUUGUCUGAACAAAUUCCGUCUAGUGAAAUGGCAGAAUUUUGGAUGAUGGAACAUGGACUGCUGUCCCCUGAGAGAUCUAAGAAGGCAUACGUGAAGAAACAGAGAAAGCAAAAGAUGCAACGCAUGGGCACUCCCAUUAAAUCUGCCAAAACACCAAGCAAACCCGAGAGUUCUUCUCACAGGCAGCAACAAGCAUCAUCAAACAAAGGUGAUAUAAAAUCCAAGAAAAGACUAGUCGAUGACAGUGAUGAUGACUAUAAUCUCGUAUUAAGUGCCAAAAGGAAGAAAGGGUAA